AUGUCUCCUCCCCAGAGGAGUGAGCCAUUCAGUGCAGGGUAUUACUCUGAACUUGUGGGAUCGGCGCGCGUACGCUAUGAAGAGAAGGUGCGAAUGUGCGACGGUAUGGACCCGUACACGCUGCGACCGGGUGUCGACACGACGAUGGACGUGAAUGUGUUCCCUGAAGUCACCCACGGGGAUAUCGUGAACUAUCUAGUUUACUCAUCCAGCUUUGUGACGCGGGAAGAAAUGAAAGCCUUUAUAUCAAUGGAAGCACACAACUAUUUCACCAGCGGGUGGGUGAGAAGCCUAUCUGCAAUGCGUCUACAAGACGAAAAGGUGCUUCUCCUCGGAGAGGUCAACCAUUCCCAAAGGCUCAGCGACCACCCACUUAAAGCCUGGAUAUUGUGCAAAGCAGAUGGCAGUGUGCUUGCUGCCCAUUGCACCUGCAUGGCAAGUACAGGCGAGACAUGCUCCCACGUUGGAGCUUGCCUCUUUGCUGUGGAAACUGCCGUGCGCAUCAGGAACUCUGUUUCAUGCACCCAGAAAAACAACAUCUGGCUGCCUGCCUAUGUUGAAAAAGUGCAAUUUAAACGACUCAGGGACAUCGACUUCACUUCAUCGAGAGGCCGGAAGCAGAAAAUCGAUGGCACACGUGCUGAAGGACAGCAAAAGAAGAAGAGGUUGGAAAUUCCAAGUCCUUCACCACAAGAGCUGAAAGAACUUUAUGACGGCAUUGCGAAAGAUGGCAGCAUAGUACCAGCACUAUUCUCUGUGCAUAAGGAUAGAUACGAUGUAUUUCAAGAGCCACUUCAAAAGCCAGCAGCACACCUGAGAAAUCUCUUCAGGGAUGAUGCAUUAGGCGAUAGCUAUGAGGUAGUGUCAAACAGUGCAAGUAUGUAA